AUGUCAACUGCCCAACGCAAACGUGGAGUAAGCUUCCGUAUUCAUUAUUGUAAUUCAAGCGAUGUGUCGUAUGAACUCAAUGCUGCGGAGGAAAGUCUUGUUUCCUUUCGCCGCACCCCAUCUUUAACCGAUGUUGGACAGUUUUUGAUUCCACCAAAACUAGACGCCGACAAGGACAAAUUGACGGUUGUUCUAGAUCUGGAUGAAACGCUUGUAUACGCGCGGAUGGGACCACUUUAUGUGCGCCCCGGGAUGGAGCAGUUAAUGACCUUUUUAGCGGAGCAUUGCGAGGCUGUGGUGUGGACGGCAAGCAUGCACCUAUAUGCGGAUGCGGUUGUAGAUCAAAUCGAUCCAUGUGGUGCGAUUCGCCACACCAUUUACAGACACCAGCGCUGGUUCAAUGGUCAGUCCGCAACAAAGGAACUGCAGCUGCUCGGCCGUGAUUUAGACUCCACUAUUAUCAUUGAAAAUACACCAGACUGCCUGCUGGGCUAUGAGCAGAACGGCGUCAUUGUCGAGGACUACGAAGGGGGUGAGUUAGAGGACACGACCUUGACAAGAUUGCUUGACUUCAUUAAAGAUCUGGUGGCGCAGCGGGCAUCUGAUGGUAUCACCGUACCGGAGUUUAUCCGAAACAGCCAUCACUUACGUCUGGGUGAGUUGCCAUCGAACAAGGGUUCCUCACUGAAGUGCUACUGCUUAAAAUCGGCUGACGAGGCCUCUGUCUCUGAAGCGAUGCACAGAAAGCGAAAACCAUUUAAUCCGCUUAAACCCUCCACUCUUAGCCACGAUCAACGCACGGUUAAACAUAUCUUGGAUCGAAAAGAGGGGAAGUCGCUUCAAAACUGGAGACAUAAGGGGCGAAUUAUGAUUCACUAG